AUGACGCUGGGCCCGGUGGUCACCGGCACGUCGGUCAUCGCCCUCAAGUACAAGCAUGGCAUUCUGAUCGCGGCCGACAAGAAGGCGAGCUACGGGAGCUACGCCAAGUUCCAAAACGUGGAGCGCAUCUUCAAAGUGAACAACAAGACGGUGAUGAGCUUCAGCGGAGAGCUGGCGGACGCCCAGUACCUUCACGAGACCCUCACCCGAGUGAACGUAAAUAAUGUGAUGGACAAGAAGAGCAAAUAUGACCUUCACAAUAGCAAGUACUAUCAUGCCUAUGUGGGUAGACUCUUUUAUAACCGGAAGAAUAAAAUAGAUCCCCUCUUCAAUACCAUCAUCGUUGCGGGGUUAAAUUCGCAAGAAUACGAUGACAAUGAUAAGGACGUGCUGCUUUACACGGGGAAGCACACAACUGAUGAGUAUAAGGAAAUCAAUAAGGAGGACCUAUACAUCGGUUUCGUUGACAUGCAUGGGACUCAGUUCGCGGGAGAUUAUAUGACCACUGGGUACGCUCGCUACUUCGCGCUGACUCUCCUUCGAGAGCGCUAUAAGGAUUACAUGACUGAGGAGGAGGCGAAGACGCUGCUGAAUGAGUGCCUGCGUGUGCUGUUUUACCGGGACGCCACGGCGUCUAAUAAAAUCCAAAUUGUUAAAAUAACCAGCAAGGGCGUGGAGUACGAGGAGCCCUACUUCCUCUCCUGCGAUGUUAAUUCGCGCGACUACGUCUACCCCUCGAUCAUGCUGCCCUCCACGGGCUGCAUGUGGUAG